UGCUUUCAUCUAUUCGUUACAGGCGCACCAGCAAGAUGGCGGAAGCGGACUCAUGGGAUGCUGACAGUUUCGAGCCAGAAGAGCCUAUCAAAAAGGCGGCAAUACAUGACAAAUGGGAAGGCGAGGAUGAGGACGAUGAUGUGAAAGAUAAUUGGGAUGAUGAGGAAGACGAGGAGAAAGUUACAGAGAAGAAAACAGGUAAUGACAGCCACUCCUCAGAAAAGAAAAAAUUAAGCGAUAAAAUUAAAGAAAAGGAAAAUUUACAAAGAAAAAAGCAAGAAGAACUCAGAAAGAGGUUAGAGCAAUCAAGUGAAGACACAGCUCUUACACCAGAGGAGGAAUUAGCUGAAAAACUUAGAGUGAAGAAGCUUCAGGAGGAUUCAGACUUGGAAUUAGCUAAAGAAGCAUUUGGUGUCUCAAACAAUGUUACAGGAAUUGAUGCUAUGAGCCCUUCAUCCAAAGAUGACUUCACAGAGUUUGAGCGCUUGUUGAAAGAUAAAAUAUUACCAUAUGAGAAAUCAAUACAUUAUUCCACUUUUUUAGAGUCUCUCUUUAGAGACCUCUGUCUUUCAUUGGAAGUGGAGGAUUUAAAGAAAAUCAGCAACUCUCUCACAGUGUUACUGAGUGAGAAGCAGAGGCAAGAAAAGCAAAAUAAAGGGAAGAAGAAAAAGAAGGGUGUAUUACCAGGAGGAGGUUUAAAAGCCAAGAUGAAAGAUGAUCUUGCUGAUUACGGGGAGUUCGACGGAGGAUAUGUACAAGAUUACGAGGACUUCAUGUGACCCUGGCUCUAUAAUCUUUCACUUUCUCCUGACUGCUCAACCAUUGUCCUUCACAGCAUGGCCUUUCCCCUUGGCACAGACCCAUCACCAGCGCCGUGCUUAAAAAAAAAAGAAAAGACUCCGAACAUCAGCCCAUGCCCCCCCCCCCUUUCUCUCUCUCUCUCUCUCUCUCUCUCUCUCUCCCUCCCCCUCUCUCCCACACACAUACACACAGAACCUUUCAAAGUUUCAGAGGGGUUUUUACACAAAUAAGCCUAACUGCUGUGUUUCACCAUGCUGUGCAAAACAAUUCUCAUUUAACACUAGGUGGAGGGGAAAAUAACACAAUGAAGAUGAGAUGAUCAGCUGUUGUGAAGGACUCCAUCAGAAAUGUUGAGAUGCGUAGAUGAGGGAUAUUUUGAACCAGUUCCAUUGACUCGUAAUUUUCUUUGGUGUCCAUCAAGAAAUUACAAACUUAACAUUAUUGAAGAGUGUCACUGUUUGACAAAUGCUACUGCUUGGAAAUAAAUUGGACGUUCUAUGCAAAUUUCAGGAUAUGCUUAUCAUAUAUAUACUGCAUUUCAUGCUUCGUGGGGUUGGUAUCAAGUACUUCUCUCUGAGGUCGUUUUAACAGGGGUGUGUGUGCCAAGAUGUCAUGUUUGGUUUGGUUUGUGGUUUGCAGUUGCUGCUUGCACUGAAGCUGGUAAAGGCAGCUUUUGCAGUGAUUUGAUGGACUACAGUUUGAAUGACAUUUUAGAUGCAGUCAAAAUCUUAUUCUCAUGUUCUGAUUUUAUUUUUAGGUUACUGUGUGGUUUUAUUGGUUUGGAAGUAUUUUGAAACCAUUUUCUGUGUAGUGCACUUAUUAUUGCACUAAUUGUAUAUUUUAAACAACACAUAGCAUUUUAACUGAACAGUGUUGUACCGCUAGAUAAUCAGUUUGGAGCUAUGUGAGGAUGUAUCGAAAUGCUUUCGAUAGACCUUACAUGUUGAAAGAUUCCACAGAUGUCAGAAACUGAAUUAAUUUCAAUAUAAAAUGUCAGUUUUGUGGUGGGAAAAUGCAGCGUGCUACUUUUGACUAGUACAAUUCAUUGGGGUUCACAGAGCAGGACGACUCUGUGUGUUUGCGUUUCUAUUUGUAUAAAUAUACUUAAGGGACCAUGUGGCUUUUUGCAGGCUGAGGUUGGUUUCAUGCUUUAAUCACGUCAUGAAACGCUUCUCACAAGUCUAAGAGCAGCAAAGCAAAUGAUAAAACCCAACAGUGUUUUAUAAACACACAUCUAAUAAAAUCUGCCCCCUUAA